CAGUCUACGAGUCGGAUCAAGAUCAACAUUAAGGCUGUAGAUAUGGCAGAGGAGGAGGUGAGCUAUGCUUCAGUGGCCAUCAAAAGUAAGAAGCAGCUCCAAUCAGAAGGUAAAAAUGAGAACGAGACUGUAUAUGACGAAGUUAAAAUGAAUAAAGAAGGUAAAGUUGUGGAUGAUGCUGAAGUGGAGAAGCAGAAUGAAAGUGUUCAGAAAACUCCUGACACAAAGGGACUUCUGCCAGACAAGGAGGCAGAAAGAUGUCGCCGCUAUCAGCAGCUGUGUUGCUGCUUUGGGACUCUGUGUGUCAUUUUGGUGCUGAGUGUCAUUGGAGUCUGUGUUUAUUCCUUAACAAACAUCACCAUGCUGACUGCAGAGAACCACAACCUGACGUCUCUUAACGAGAAACUGAAGGAACAAAGGAAAAACCUCACAGAAAUAAUAGAAACCUGGAAUGAGCUCAAUGUCAGUCGAGCUCAGUGGAGCAUUGAUCAAUACUGUCCUAAAAAGAAUGGUGGGAGAAGUUGCACUUCUUGCCAGGAUGGCUGGAAGGACCACAUGUCCAGCUGUUAUGCAUAUGUUGACUAUAAACCCCCUAAUCAGAGAACCUGGGAAGAAGCACGAGACGACUGCAGAAGAAAAAAUUCAGAUCUCACAGUUAUGUCUAAUCAGGAUGAAAAGGUAAUUGAAGAACUGUGA